ACAGAGAAAAUCCCUCGAAGAGGAAUCCUCGGAGCAAUGAUGUUUUUGGCUUGUAUGUUCUCCUACGUCAUUCGUACUAAUUUAUCUAUAACUAUUGUCGCUAUGGUAAACACUACAAGCAAAGAUGGUGGCGUCGGACCAGCUUGCAGUGUAGCGAAUAUAAAAAGCAAUAAGAGUAUUGUGCUUAAAGAUUUCGGAGAGCGUUUUGAAUGGAAUCAACAUAUUCAAGGAUUACUGCUGUCGGGAUAUUUUUAUGGUGUCUUGCCGGCUAGUGUACCAGCUGGGCUUUUAGCUGAAAAAUACGGAGGUUCUAAAGUAGUAGCAUUCGCUACAUUAAUACCCGCAGUAUUAAAUCUUCUGAUGCCUUGGGCUGCUAGUGUUCACUAUGGUUUUGUUUUUGCACUUCGUUUUGUAAUGGGAUUUUUCGGAGGCGCUGUUUAUCCUGCUCUUCACGCGAUGAUUGCCAGAUGGGUGCCUCCUGGUGAGAAGGGCAUGUUUGUAUGGACUAUGCAAGGUGGUCCAUUUGGAACCGUAGUAACAUUCGCUUUAUGUGGUGCAGUGAUCAGUGCUUACGGAUGGAAAGCUGCGUUUUAUGUUACAAGCGGGCUUAUGUUAAUUUUUUAUGCCUUGUGGGUAUUUUUAAUCUACGAUACACCGGAUUUACAUCCUGGUAUCACAGAAAAAGAGAAAAUUUAUAUAAAGGAAAAAAUAGGCACUUCCGUCUCGAAACAAAAAGUCCAGUUACCGGUGAAAGCAGUCGUUACAUCUCCACCGUUUCUAGUAUUACUGUGGGCCCACUUUGCAAAUAUGUGGGGUAUUUAUUUUAUCGCUACAAAUGGACCCAAAUACACGUUGGAAGUCCUUGGUUUCAAUAUGAAAUCGGGUGGCGCAAUAACUGGAUUACCUUACAUAGCUAGAUUAGGCGCUGGAGUAUUAUUUGCAGCAGCGGGCGAUUACGUGCGAAGAAAGAACUUUUUAUCUUUAGGUUGGAUAAGGAAAUUAUUUAUGUUAUUCUCUCAUAUGGGACCUGCAAUUUGUCUGGUAGUAAUGACAUACGCAGGUUGUGAUGCUACAACUGCAAUGAUAAUGUUAAUAUUGGCAUUGACCUUUAAUGGAGCCGCUUGCCAGACCAAUUUACAGAAUCAUCAAGACUUGGCACCAAACUAUGCCGGUUCUUUAUAUGGAAUUAUGAACACAUUUGGUAGUUUUCCUGGAUUCAUUAUUCCACCCAUUAUUGGCGCUUUAACCAAUGAAAGAAACGGCGUGGAAGAAUGGCGUAUAAUGUUUUGGAUAUCAGCGAUAGUAUUUACAUCGGCAACAGUCUUAUUUUGGCUAUUUGGAUCUGCGGAAAUUCAAUCAUGGAACGAUUCGACUCAUACUAAAGUGCCUACUGUUUCCGAAGAGGAGAAGCAGAUAAACGAAAUGACGAAAGAUGGGGUCGAUACAGAAACUGAGGAAAAUGAACGUCUCUAGUAAAUUAGGAGAUAAAAUAAAAAAUCCAUACAUCACAAAAAGAUUGUAGAAAUAUUUAAUUGCGAGAUUUUUUUGCAACAUUGCAAAAACUUUGCAAAAUGUUGUUGCAAUGAUGAUGCAACAAUGUAAAA